AGUGUAAACGAUUGCAGUGCUUCUGUUCUGACAGUUCUCUCUGAAUGUCCUCAGUAAUGUUGUGCACGUAUCCCUACUGCACGGCUUCCUCCUCUCUGCUGUUAUCAGGCCCUCCAGGAAUAGCUGCUCUUCACUUCCGGUAGAUGAAGGGAGCUGCCAGCUGAAAUGCUUCCGGGGGAUAAGAGCACGUCAGAAUCCAGGCCAGAGCUCACUGCACCCUAUUCCUGUUCAUUCCACUCUGUUACAUUAUAUGCAGAUGAUGUAUUACUACUUUAUAGAAAAUGUUCCCUGCUCACUCCCUCACCUUUUUAAAUAUCUGACAAUUUCAGCUCAAUCUCGGGAUACAAAAUUAAUCGGUUUUAUUUGACUCUUAUGCCUCUAAACUCCACGUCUGACGAGGGUACCCUUCCCUCCAGAUAUUCCAGUAGUCAGACGCUUCAAGUAUGUUGGUGUUCAUGUUUACCUUUCUCUGCACUCUACUGUAUCCAUUCAUUUUAAUAAAUCAGAUCUGGACAGCUGGUCACACUUGUCUAAUUCAUUUCAGGCCCGCAUCGCUGUCAUUGAGAUGAGUGUGCUCCCACGAGACAACUUUUUCAGUUCCGUACUCCCUCUGUCUUCCCCCAGUCGGAUACCGGGACAAACUUCAUUCCCAAAGGGGCUGGUUUCUUCACUAUAUUCUUAUAUUUUUUUAAACUUUGUACAGAAAAUUAGCUAUCUGCACUAUCUGGAAGAGUGAAUUAACUCCCUAUGCUAUAGGCCCAGCCUCCAAAAAUCCUAACCCCCAACUGAUUCAUUUUAAUUUCCUCUGCAAACAUAUCUAAACCCCCUCCCCCCAAGGCGCUUCUUGCUCCCGUCCUGUUUGCCCAUUUUGGGCACAAAUUCUGGGAGCUGGUAUCUUCAGCCUAGCCCACCAUCCUAGAGAGAAAUUCCUUGUUCUUUCAGCUUGUUAACUCAAAAUGAUGAUUCAUCCCUUGAUCCCAGCAGACACUGCUCUGGUUAGAGGAUAGCGCUGCGCUGGCAGCCUCCCCACUCCCUUCCAGCGCCACUGGAUCCUUACACUCUUGGAUAUUGUCUACCUCGAGCUCUGUGCCGCUGGGAUUCAUGGGGCCCGGGAGGGGACAGAGCACGCUUGCUGGGAUACUGAUGGUCUUGUUUAAUCUUAGUUAGAAUCUGGCUGAAUUAGGUAGCUAGUCUAUAGCUGGGACUGGGAGAAGGGAAGUAUAGCCACCUGGGCUAUAUUUAAUGAUAUUUGAAGCACGCUCUAUAGUAGGGGGUUGAAUUAAUUUGACAGUCGAAUAGUUUAUGGAAAAAUAGACGAAAAGGUUGUCUAGUCGCACCUUUUAAAAAUAUAAAAUGCAAUCCUACUGAUAAAUGUGUUUGGUAAUGUCUGUGUGACUCGCCCUGUCCUUCUACUCCGAGACAGCACAUGCACUUAUAUAUGAAACCAAAGGAGUCUCUGCAUUUCUACAGAAAGCACUGUCUACCCGAUGCUGCUGGUGGGGACCGAUUCAGCCGGAUUCUGAAACACAUUUUGACACAAAGAAGUUACUACCCCCUGUACCCCCCUGCGGAGGAGAUGAAUAUUGACUAUGAGCAGUUCCAGUCCUACGCACAGCUUCCUGUCACCCCUGACGUCUUCAUCACUCCCUCGGAGCUGCGCUACUUCAUCAAGGACGUGAUUGGCUGUGUCUGUAUGAACCCUGGGCGCCUGACGAAAGGGCAGGUGGGCGGGACAUAUGGCCGCCUCUUAAUCAAGCGGGGCGCCUCAUUGGAGCAGGGGGGAGAGAGGAGGAGCCCCUGUGUUGCUGCUCAGGUUGUGAAGAUCUGAGACUGGAAACUGGACUGUCAGUCACACUGCGCUGCCUCUCUCCACACUUUAAGACUUUUACAACCUGAAGAGAGAAUGCGAUCGCGAGCUGACACCUCAAAAAAAAUUCUGCCACGUUUUGUGUAAUGCAGGUAAAAACCCAUACUUGAGUCUCAACAUCUCUCAACGUUGCUGUUUUAUUUUUUCACGCCACCACAGGUUCCAAGUCCUGUAAGUUAAUAAGUCUCCUGUUAUAAGAAAUGUCAUCUCAAGCAGUUUAGGUUUUGUUAAGAGACCCUCCACACAAUGUAUAACUUACAAGAAUGAAGAUUGUGCUCUGGAAAUACAAUAAAUCAAAUGUAGUUAACUUUAGAAUUGUGCUGUAUGUUCUAUGCACAGAAUGGUAAACAUGGUAAAAGUACUUUACCAAACAUUUU